GCGUUUUCUUCUUCCGUCAUUCUCAUUCGCUGCCUAUAUAGUUUUUCUUUUUGCAUUCGGUAUGUAGGUACUUUAGUAGGCUGUUUAAAUUUAUUCUCGUAAUGGCUGCCACGCUAAAUGUCUAGCUUAUUGGUUAUGUCAUGUAUAUAGAAUUGAAGUCCGGAUGUGCAAUUCGAAUUAUUCAACAAGUGUGUGGAACAAUGGUCGUGUGAAUGCUUCUUAGUAUCUAUCUCCCUGGAACGUUUCCUUUUUUGGCAAUUAAGUUAUGGACUCGGCGUUUGUGUACUGUAUGCAGUAAAAACACAAUCUAUGCCCCGUGAAAAGUGUUUGCAUGGACCAUAUUGAGUGAUAAGUGGUUUGCCGAGAGUCAAAAUGACGGAUAAUAGGUCUUCGUCAGCGUUGUUCAAGAGAGCGGAGCAGUUGAAGAGAUGGGAAGAGUCGGACACGAACAAGCAGUCCCCGACGCCGCGUCGGGCCUCGAGAAUUCAGUUUUCGUCUGGGAUAGUGUUUUUGGCGGCUUGUACGGCAGGCGACAAGGAUGAGGUGCAGAGACUGUUGAAAAGAGGCGCCGACAUCAACACUGCCAACGUUGACGGCCUCACUGCUCUCCAUCAGGCGUGCAUAGACGACAACUUGGACAUGGUGGAGUUUCUCGUGACGCACGGCGCUGACGUCAACCGCGGGGACAACGAAGGCUGGACUCCGCUGCAUGCCACUGCGUCUUGUGGAUUUCUCAGCAUAGCUAGGUACCUGUUAGAAAACGGCGCGGACGUUGCCGCAGUGAACUACGAUGGAGAACUGCCCGUGGACAUCGCGGAAAGCGAUGAAAUGGCAGAGUUGCUGCAAAAGGUCAUCGAUGAGAAAGGCGUGGACUGCGACAAAUCCCGCAGUGCUGAGGUGGACACGCUGCUGAGUGACGCUCGCAAUUGGGCAGCUAACGGCUAUGUUGAGGUCAGGGACAUGAAUGGAGGGACCCCGCUCCAUGUUGCGGCAGCUAAAGGAUACAUCGAUGUGGCUCUUACUCUGCUAGAGGGGUGCAGCGCUGACCCAGACUGUGUUGAUUAUGAAGGUUGGACGCCACUCCACGCGGCUGCUCUCUGGGGACAGAAAGAAGCAGCCGCGUUACUUCUCCAAUACGGAGCCGACCCACUUAUCAAGAAUUAUUCAGGCCAAACUUGCAUGGACCUUGUCGAUCCCGCGAUGACGUCUUGGCUGGCUGACGCGAUGAAUGCGCAGCGUCGCAUGAACAACAACAAUAACAAACGCAAGCGUAGCCCGCCACAACAUGACGCUAAGCGAGUCGACAUCGAGAUCAACGCGCAACCAGAGAAAGUCGUCAACGGUAAGACUACAGACAAGCCGCCGGCAUCGCCUGAGAUUGCUAAGACGGAGGGCAAGCCGCCUCGAGGCAGGCCGCCUUCGCCAGAAAGCACAGAAAUAGAAUCGUCGCCAGAAGACGCGCCAUCAUGGCGCAGAUCUGCCUCAUUCCGUAACAGGCAACCUGAACCGACCAGGGAAAGUAGCAAGACGGUCAACAAUGCAGUCGAUAACGACACCAUAUUGAGACGAACACACAGCUUUGAAAAUGAUAAGAGCUUCUACCAGCGGUAUCGAGACGUGACCGCACGUAUAAAGGCGUCCUCCUGUCCGUCAAUACCGCCGGCGCAGCCACCAACGGAGAGGAAAAAAAUUCCAGAGCACACUAACAAUGCUACAGAGAGUAAUAACGACGAUGUACAAACAAGAAUAAACCCUUCGGACAGACGGGAAAGGGAAGUGAACACGUGGAGCGGCCCGACCACUACCACGCCCAGUGCGAGUCCGACCAACACUACCACCACAACGACAGUCAGAAGUUCCGCGGAGAGCGUAGAGUCGAACAGUAGCAAUACGUCACCCAGCUCUGCUACGCCCACCAAAUUGUCGCCUGGGAACAUAUUCAAGAACUUCUUCAAGUCGUUUGUGCCCCCGGUUCGAGAUGAGGAGAGUGAAACUCAAAGGAAAGCUCACGCGAAAAGAGUGCGUGAAACGCGACGCUCCACGCAGGGCGUCACUCUCGACGAGAUCAAGUCCGCAGAACAGCUUGUCAAGAAGAAAGCCGGUAAUGGGACCACAGAGAGCCCCUCACCGGGCAGCCAGAAGAAAGAAGAGCCCACACCUACUCCCGCGCCACCACCUACAGACAACGGCUCGGCGCGCUCGUCGACUCCGGCCGGCGACGUGGCGGUGUCGUUAGCUCUGGCGUGCGCGUCGGCGACGGCAACGGCCACCAUCGCUGCCAACAGCGAGCGCCGUCCCUCGUGGCGGCUCAGGCUCGACCCCACUAACAAGUUUGAACUCGAGGACGCCGGUCGGUCAUCGCCGCGACCGGCCACCACGGCGGCCGAGGCGACCGUCACUCUCCCGUACCGUCGCCCACCCACUGGUUCCAACGCGAACACCACCACCUCCACACCUAAAGAUGAUAAUAGGACAGAACCGUCUGGCGAAGAAGACAAAGAGCGUGAGAGCAGUACAGAAAGCAAGUCAUCGAACAACGCGUCGCCAGCGAGCACGCAGGCAGCACUCAACGUGAUACAACGCCGGCGCAGGCCGAAGCGACGCUCCACGGGCGUUGGUCACGUUGACAUGGACGAUAUUGUAAAUGAUCGCGGUGGGGGCGGCGAGGGCUGCGAUGCGGACAACGAGGCACCUGCGUCUGGCAGCGAACGCACUGAGGAGAGCGAGGACAAGGACUACAAGGCGCUGUACGAGGCGUCUCAGAGCGAAGUGCGUCGCUUACGCGCCUUGCUCGCCACCUCCGAGCAACAGUUGCGCGAGGCUCGCGCGACUAUCACGAGGCUCACUCAAGUGAACCAAAACUCAUUGUCUGAAAUCGAGAAACGAGAAAAGAGGGCCAUGGAGAGGAAAUUAUCAGAAAUGGAGGAAGAAUUAAAGUAUCAACAAACGCUCCAAGCUGAAAACCAGCGGCUGAAGGACGAGAAUGGAGCCCUAAUCCGGGUGAUCAGCAAACUGUCCAAGUGAACAGCACCUCGCGUCUCUCCUACGAUCACAUAGUAUAGCACGCCACGUUAUGAUCGGCAACACGUCUCUAAACGACGUGCUCUUUAGUCUGUUAUUUCAAAGGUUUAUCCGUAUAUAUUUCGUGUUAUUUAUUCAAUGUUGAUAGGCACUUGAACUAAAAACUGUUUGUUAUCUUUUAUUUGGGAAUAUUUAAUUGAAAAACACCCAAGGUAUCCGAUACGAAUGUGUAUAGUCGAUCCGCCAAACUGUUUUGCUGCUAUCUAAAGUUAUAUUUACGAUUGUAAGUUAUUUAAAAAUUUGGUAUGAAGUGAUAUAAUAUUUACUAUUAUAUUAUGAGAAUAUACAGCCAGUAUAAAUUAUUAAUGAUCUUAUCGCCAUUUAAUUUAAUGUUAUAACUUAAUGAUAAAAGCUGUGGGCAGAUGCCAAGUAUUUAUAAUAACGGAUUAUCGAGCUAUACAAUCACAUACAGACGACAAUGACUGCAGUACAAAAUCUGUAUAUUAUGCUUUUAUGUGUUAUAGCAGUCCAUACUGGUAUUUUGUCAUUCUGUAGUGUACACUUUACAUUUAUAUAUUUGAAAUAUUAUUGUUCCUGAUGUUAAGUUUGUCUACCGUUCCAUUAUUGAGUGUAUUGAGUUUGAGAUUCCACAAAAACAUUUUAUAAUCGUUAUUUCUACGUAAACUGUCAUUUGAAAUGAAAUGGUGAAAUUAUAUUUUGAAAUAUUCAGCGGUAAUACAAACUCUAAGCAUAGUUAUUCACAAAUAAUUAUUGGUAGAGUAUUUUUUUCUAUAAAUCCGCGUCGUUCGCACAACGAAUUUGUUUUGCUUUACGGUGGCAGCCGCUAAAUCUAGACUGAUAAUAAUGACAGUAUUGCUGGUACUAUGAACUUACACUCAUCUUGUUAAGUGAAUAAUUUCGUGUUGCUUGUCUUUUGAAGAGAAAAAAAUCAAAAAUUGUCAGAGAUGAGGAACUACUUUAUCAAAACAAUCUUGACUGGUAAUUUAUAAUUAUAAUCAUGAACGAAGGUCAAGUCAAACACUAUUAUAGUUUUAACACUAAACCUUUUGCAAAGUAUACACAGAAUAACCAAUAGCACUACACAAGUUUGAAUCACGUCAAAAUUAGUCUUCAUAAGGCAAUCUUAUGAAACAACUCAUGACUGUGUGAUUUAAACACAAAUCUGUUCCAUUUUAACUAAAACAAGAAGUCUUCAGACUACACUUGUUUAAUAUUUAUUGUUUAUUAAUUUCCACAUCACACGAUUAAUUCCGUUAUUAUUGUUAUUUAUUUGCGUUUAGAUUUUAUUGAACAAGGGUUGACAGAUUUGAGUGGAAAAUGAAUUUAAUACCUUCGUUUAAAGUACUCGAGGCAUCGGGCAACGAGAUUUGUUCCACUUGAUUUGAAUGUAUAAGUUAUUAUUAUCAUCAUAAUAUUCAUACACUGUGUACCAGUUUCGCCCAAGUCGUCAACCUUCAUUACUCCACAUUCAGAUUGUCAUAGUUUAAUUUUCGUGAAGUGUGUUGUGUUGAGUUUGUGACUAUAACGCACCUUUUCAAUUUCGUUUUGAGAAAGUAUUAUGUACUUAUUGAACGUCAGUACUUAGUGACGUCACAGGGCCACCAGUAUCAGGGCGCAUCGAUUGUGUUUUCGUGUAACGUUUCUUUUUAAUAGCGUUUUUAAGGAAUUACGGCUUUAUUGAUUUGUUUUACAUUAUGAUCAUCAUGACCAAUCAUGGUAAAAGUAAUAAAAUUGUUUAAACAUUAGCAUUUUAUUAGAUGCAUGGACUUUACAGUAGCUGCUAUUAAAAUGAGAUGUUAUGUUAUAUAUAUAUGUAUUUCUUGUCGAUAACUUUUGACAUAUUCCUACAUAAGUGUAAAGUAGAUUAGUUUUACUAUGAUUUUUUGUAGAGGGCUUGAUUCACCCGACUUAAAUGUUAUAUAUAGCUAUGUAUGUCUCUUAGAUAUUGUUAAAUAUUAUAUCUCUGAUUGAAAUAUACCUCUAAAUUGUUAAAAAUGAAAUAAAUAUCUUCGCGACAUAUGUAUCUCGAAUUACUAAUAUAUUAAUGUAUAGUUUUUUCUAGGCAAUAGUCUAUAGCCGAUUGGAUUGAUUUGUGAUAUAUCGAUUUUGUACGACAAUCAUAGAAAGUUUUUUGUAUUAGCGAAAUAGACUGUUGAAUAUCUAUAAAGUAUGAAUUGAUCGGGGCCAUAAAAGUGAAUAUUAAUAUGUUUUGCCUCUAAUAAAUAAGGCCUAGUCCCUUUACGGACCAGUAACUUAUAAUAAUGCAAUGGCUAGUGUACACCUUGUCAUUAAUGAGACUCUCUCAAAUAUCCAGGUCUGAUUAAAUAACUUGCCACUGCAGGCCACGGACUCGAGCACUAGCAUUGUGAAGCGGCCUAUGUAUCUGUUAUAUACAUUUAACUUAUGUGUCAUUAUCGGGUCCAUGGGUCUCAAGAGGCAUAAAAAUGCUAGUCUAAAUUAGCGGCGAUGUGAGUCCCGCGUGUGAACCGGUCCAGACGGCCAUAUACAUAAAUCUUUGCCAUGUUCCCAGCACUUGUUUGUAAUGAGUUACUCUUAACAGUUAUUGAUAAUAUUAUUUGAGGCUUUCACAUCUAUUCAGUCAAAUAUGUCGGUUGUGCAGUUCUCAACUCCACCACCUUUUGUUUGACAAUAAAUACGUAACUAUGUUUGAAAGACCUCGUGUAUUAAUGUAGCUGUUUAUUAUUAUCUCAGUUUUUGCCGAGCUGUAAUGAAAUUAACGUUAAUUACUAUUAAAAAGGACGUUUAUGUAAGCUUGUUGAAAAUAAUGUCGUGAAUAUUGAGACAUAUUUAAACGGAACAAGAGUUUGUUAAAGUGGUAAAAGAUAUUCGUAAAUACUAUAAUAUUCUGUAUAAAAUUUGUAAACCAACAUUUUCAUUUAACUUAGUGAUCUUGAAAAUUUUUGUUCAAUAAAGUUUUUAUUUAUUUGAAGAGAAAGUUAAAAUAAACAGUUCUUCAUUAUAUUUA